CAAGGGGCGCCCUCCGCCCCGCCCCGCCCCGCCCCGCGACUACAAGUCCCAUCGUGCCCCGCGCUCGCGCACACUACGCCAGAGCAAGAUGGCCGACGCGGCCGCCACAGCUGGGGCCGGUGGCUCCGGAACGAGAUCGGGAAGUAAACAGUCCACUAACCCUGCCGAUAACUAUCACCUGGCCCGGAGGAGAACCCUGCAGGUGGUUGUGAGCUCCUUGCUGACAGAGGCAGGGUUUGAGAGUGCCGAGAAAGCAUCCGUGGAAACGCUGACAGAGAUGCUGCAGAGCUACAUUUCAGAAAUUGGGAGAAGUGCCAAGUCUUACUGUGAGCACACAGCCAGGACCCAGCCCACACUGUCAGAUAUCGUGGUCACACUUGUUGAGAUGGGUUUCAAUGUGGACACUCUCCCUGCUUAUGCAAAACGGUCUCAGAGGAUGGUCAUCACUGCUCCUCCGGUGACCAAUCAGCCAGUGACCCCCAAGGCCCUCACUGCAGGGCAGAACCGACCCCACCCGCCGCACAUCCCCAGCCAUUUUCCUGAGUUCCCUGAUCCCCACACCUACAUCAAAACUCCGACAUACCGUGAGCCCGUGUCAGACUACCAGGUCCUGCGGGAGAAGGCUGCAUCCCAGAGGCGUGAUGUGGAGCGGGCACUUACCCGUUUCAUGGCCAAGACAGGCGAGACUCAGAGUCUUUUCAAAGAUGACGUCAGCACAUUUCCAUUGAUUGCUGCCAGACCUUUCACCAUCCCCUACCUGACAGCUCUUCUUCCAUCUGAACUGGAGAUGCAACAAAUGGAAGAGACAGAUUCCUCGGAGCAGGAUGAACAGACAGACACAGAGAACCUUGCUCUUCAUAUCAGCAUGGAGGAUUCUGGAGCCGAGAAGGAGAACACCUCUGUCCUGCAGCAGAACCCCUCCUUGUCGGGAAGCCGGAAUGGGGAGGAGAACAUCAUCGAUAACCCUUAUCUGCGGCCUGUGAAGAAGCCCAAGAUUCGCAGGAAGAAGUGAGUCGGAGGCUGGGGUCCAGAGAGCCUUCACUGUCCCACCGAGGUGGUCUUCUCUGCUCCUUGGAAAAGAGUCUCCUCAGUGGGGCUGAGCCUUGGGGAAAGCUACUCUGGUGAGAGGGAAUAGUCUCCCUUUUCCUGUCCUUACUUGGCUCCCGUACAUAACUCUUGUUCCUUAGUGGUUGAGUGUCCUGCAGUCUAGGGACCAACCCUCACAGCGCUGGAGCUGUUUUCCCCUAGAGGGAGAGCAGACAGGGCCCACACCAGGAGGCUCCAUGGUUCCUCUUCUUUCUAGGUCCCUCUCCUGAGCUGAGAAGGAAACCUGGCUUGUACAGGGGCGCAGAUUCCACCCUCCCGGGGAGUUAAAGCCACUCAAGGGAAGAAGAGGGUGACCUCCUCAUGGCCAAGUCGAGGCUGCAGGGUGUGAUCAGACAUGAUUUUCAUGGCAAACCAUCUAUUAAGAUGACCUAUUUUCACUGGAUGUUUGGGUUGAGGAAGAUAAGGACAGAAUAAUGAGAAUUUUUUUUUUUUUUUAUUUUGAGAUGGAGUCUUACUCUAUCACCCAGGCUGGAAUGCAGUGGCAUGAUCUCAGCUCAAUGCCGUCUCCGCCUCCCGGGUCCAAGCGAAUCUCCUGCCUCGGCCUUCUGAGUAGCUGGGACUAGAGGCAAGCACCACCAUGCUGGCUAAUUUUUGUAUUUUUAGUAGAGAUAGGGUUUCGCCAUGUUGGUCAGGCUGGUCUUGAACUCCUGACCUCAAGUGAUCCACCCACAUUGGCCUCCCAAAGCGUUGAGAUUACAGGUGUGAGCCACCACACCCAGCUAAUUUUUGUAUUUUUAGCAGAGAUAAGGUUUUGCCAUGUUGGCCAGGCUGGUCUUGAACUCCUGACCUCAAGUGAUCCAUCCGACUCGGCCUCCCAAAGUGCUGGGAUUACAGGCAUGAGCCACCGCACCCCGCCAGAGAUUUUCUUAAUCAAUCAGCCUAUGUGGUGGGGCAUAGCAGCAGCCAGUGACUUCAUUCAUUAUCACAGGAUUUGAUUCCUUUGAAACUCAAGAGAGCAGGGAAAGCGACAGGAAGGAAAGGGCUCUUUGCUGCUGUGCUUAUUACAAAGAAGACUGUUUGUCCAGCAUGUAUUUCAGGAUAUCUGGAUCCCUUUUAUUGAGUCACAAUUUGUGGCACCACUUUCUCAUCCCAGAACUUCAUUCUUAUUUCUCUCCUCAUCUGGGCUCCCAAGUGCUCCGUUGAGCUGAUGAAAAGUGACUUUGUACUCCCUCAACGUGUUGGAAACAGGAGGCCACACAGCACAGCUUUGAUUGGGGCGGGCAGGAGUCAGGAGUCUUGAGCAGAUGCGUCACUGUGAAGGAGAACGACAUGUCGGGGCUGCACCUAUCCUCCCGUCGGCAUUUGACGAAAGCUCCCUGAAGCGGGGCAGCACUCUCCUCCUGAGAGAUUUACCAUUUAUUGCCCCUCUGAGGAAUGUGUGCUUGGGAACUGCCAAGUCUUGCCCCUUCUGGAAGAAGAGGUUUUCUCUGACAAGAGCCUAGAGCGUCGGCUCUAUUAUGCAGGGACUUGAUAGAGGAGCCAUGAGGUUUAAACAGUAGGAAAGAGGGGCCAGGCGCAGUGGCUCACGCCUGUAAUCCCAGCACUUUGGGAGGCGAAGGCAGGCGGAUCACUUGAGGUCAGGAGUUCGAGACCAGCCUGGCCAACAUAGUGAAAACCUGUCUCUACUAAAAAUACAAAAAUUAGCCGGGUGACUCACGCCUGUAAUCCCAGCUACUCGGGAGGCUGAGGCAGGAGAAUCACUUGAACCUGGGAGGCGGAGGUUGCAGUGAGCCGAGAUCGUGCCACUGCACUCCAGCCUGGGUGACAGAGCGAGACUCCGUUUCAAAAAAAUAAAAAAAAGGUAAAGUAAACAAUAGGAAAGGAUUUGGUGGGGUGAGGGUGGGGUGUUGAGGGCUGGGCCUCAUCUUGUAUUCUGAAAGCUGAGAAAUGGCUGGUCAGCUUUAAGGCUGGUGGUUGGGCAGGAAUGAGCCAAGCUGAGGCGUUCUCCAAGAAGCAGGUCUGAGUCUGUCCAACCACUUUCUAUCCUGUGGGGAGAACAACUUCAUUCUUAACAUACCCUACAAACCAGAAAACAAAUUUUUAAGGAAGAUGCUGGGCUUGCUGAUACCUUUUCUGGCCUCCUAAGGAAGAGCUUUUAAAACUAAAUCCAAGGAAGAAAAAUGCAGCGACACGUGGAAGUGAACACUGGAUGAAUAAGCUGUUUCCCAAGUUAGAAUCCUAACGUCCAUAUUUAACUUCACGUAUUCCCCUUUGGCUUCCACAGUUCAACUCCUUUUAUUUUGAGACAGGGUCUCGCUGUGUCACCCCAGCUGGAGUAUAGUGGCACUACCUCGGCUCACUGCAACCUCCACUCCCCGGGUUCAAGCGAUUCUCAGAGUAGCUGGGAUUACAGGUGCCUGCCAUCACACGUGGCUAAUUUUUUUUUUUUGUAUUUUUAGUAGACACGGGAUUUUGCUAUGUUGCCCAGGCUGGUCUUGAACUCCUGGCCUCAAGUGAUCCGCCCACCCCGGCCUUCCAAAGUGUUGGGAUUACAGGCGUGAGCCACGGUGCCCAGCCCAUCUCUUAGUCUUCCAUUCCCUUGGUGAAUUUGGAAACUUGAAAAACUUGGGGACUUGACAGCAGGCUCCAUGUUCUUCUGGCCUCACUGUACUGUGUAAGGAAAGAGCUGCUUGUCAGGAACUGAAGAGGGGACGCUAGUAAAAAAAAAUUGGAUUCCCCAACUGGACUAAAUAGGAGUUUUUCAGGUUUGUAGUAACCUGAAACUCUCCUAGAUCGAAGCAGUUAGACCGGCCUGUGUGGCGUUCUCAGGGUUUGUGAUUCAGUUUCUUAGCGAUUCUUGGCCUGAUAAGUUUAUGAACACAGCCCCACAUUCAAGCCGUGGCCAAUCCCAGCUGUUCUCACUGCUCUUGGGAGGUGUCGUCCCAGUCAGUGUUUCUGCAGCUUCCAUUCGUUGUUAUCCAGUGUAAGCGCCUGUUGAAUGCAGAUGUGCUGAGUUGUAGGUGGGAUUUGGAAAAGGGCUGCUAUUUCUGCUGUUGAGAUUUCAGAGGCUAUACUCUUUUUUUUUUUCUUUUCUUUUCUUUUUUUUUGAGACGGCAUCUCACUCUUAUCGCCCAGGCUGGAGUGCAAUGGCGUGAUCUCGGCUCACUGCAACCUCCAUCUCCUGGGUUCAAGGGAUUCUCCUGCCUCAGCCUCCUGAGUAGCUGGGAUUACAGGCACCUACCACACUCUCGGCUAAUUUUUUUGUAUUUUUGGUAGAGACGGGGUUUCACCAGGUUGGCCAGGGUGGUCUCGAACACCUGACCUCAGGUGAUCCACCCACCUUGGCCUCCCAGUGUGGGUGGGAUUACAGGCAUGAGCCACUGCACCUGGCCUCAGAGGCUAUAUACUCUUAUAAUUUUGUUCUGAGGGGAGACAGGGAAAGGGUUAGACAACUUGAAACACUGACUCUGUAUAAAAAUGCAUAAUUCUCAAUGUGUUUUAUAAAUUUCUAUUUUUUAUAACUUUAUGGGACUUCUUAGAGGCAAAAAGUAGUAAACAUGCAGAUUAAAAAUGUUUAUGAAAAUCUCAAUAAAAAUUCAUAAUAAAAACUUUGUAAAUAAAUAGAACUGUAAGCUUUGAACUUAAUUUGUGUUCAGAAGUUAACAGCAAUGUGGACAAAUAAGUCAGGCUUAGCCCUUGUGUUGGCCUAAGCACGCCUGGGAACUUAGUAAAACUUUUAUUUUGGAAAUUUUCAGAUUCAAAAUUAGAGAGCAAAAUAUAUGAACCCCUGUAUAUGCCUCACCAAGCUUCCACACUUAAUCAAUAGCUUGUUGAUUCUGUUUCAUCUGUUUCUCCCACUUUUUGUCCUUUAUUUUCUUUCCUCCUGGAGUAUUUUGUGUGUGUGUGUGACGGAGUUUUGCUCUUGUUGCCCAGGCUGGAGUGCAAUCUUGGCUCACUGCAACCUCCACCUCCCGGGUUCAAAUGAUUUUCCUGCCUCAGCUUCCUGAGUAGCUGGGAUUAUAGGUAUCUACCACCACACCUGGCUAAUUUUUUUUUUUGGAGACAGAGUCUCGCUCUGUCGCCCAGGCUGGAUUGCAGUGGAUUGUCAAGAUUGCAGUGGUGCAAUCUCGGCUCACUGCAAGCUCCGCCUCCCGGGUUCACGCCAUUCUCCUGCCUCAGCCUCCCAAGUAGCUGAGACUACAGGUGCCUGCCACCACGCCCGGCUAAUUUUUUGUAUUUUUCAGUAGAGACAGAGUUUCACCGCGUUAGCCAGGAUGGUCUCGAUCUCCUGACCUCAUGAUCCGCCCACCUCGGCCUCCCAAAGUGCUGGGAUUACAGGCAUGAGCCACCACACCUGGCCUAAUUUUUUGUAGGUUUAGUAGAGAUGGGGUUUCACCAUGUUGGCCAGGUGGGUCUCCAACUCCUGACCUUAAGUGAUCUGCCCACCUCAGCCUCCCAAAGUGCUAGGAUUACAGGCAUGACCCACCGCACCUGGCAGAGUAUGAGACUUCUUGACGUUGGCUUUUUCAUUUCUGCAUAAUUCUCUUGAGGUCCAUCUAGGUGGUUGUGUGUAUCAGUAGUUCCUUUCUUUUUAUUGCUGAGUAGCGUGGAGGCACCAUAGUUUAACACAGUUUCUUUAACCAUUCACGCAUUGAGAGACAUCUGGGCUGUUUCCAAUUUGGGGCUACUGUGAAUAAAGCUGCUGUAAUACUUUUGUACAGGUUUUUUGUGUAAACAAAAGUUUUAGUUUCUCUGCAAUAAAUACCUAAGAAUACAA